AUUACGUAUGCUCGGUCAAAAACUUUUCUCGUAAAGCACGGAUUUUGCCCUAGAUUAGUUAUCUUCGAGAGUCAACUGAAACAAACAUAAUUUUGAAAUGAUUGUUGACACAAUAUAGGGGUUGCGUACACCGAGUCGGGUCACGUCGGGAUAACCCCGCCUUAUCACGGCCCGUGCCUCAGUGCUCCGAUUGUCUUCGGGAUGUUGCUACUACUGCUUGUCGUUUGUUCUUUCGAUGUCGCGUUACUUGUUCAACCCGAAUGCGUGAUCGAACUGGGGUGCCCGGAAUGUCUGCCGGAGCACAUGCCAUUGGUGACGUCACACCGCGCAGUCGAUGGCGAGAUGCGCCUGCGCAGCGGGGACGAGAUCAGGUUCUCGUGCGGCGCGGGCCGUCUGCUGCUGGAUCCGCUGCGCGCCGCAGUCGUCGCCGUCUGCGAGGACGGCCGAUUCCGUCUCGGGCACGACGCUUCACUGCGGCAUCUCCUGGAGCUCGGCUGCCAGGAGGAAAUCUUCGAAGACGUCUUGCACACGGUGGAACACUGCGCGGCGCCGCUGCAGGGACGGGCGUAUCAGCUCGCGGACGCGACGCAGGCGGUGCGACACCUCGCGACUUUAUGCUACGACGAGGACCGCGGCGUGGCCACGAUGGCUCACGUCCGCGGCGCAUCCCCGCUGCCGCCGCACGACCACGCGCGGUCUCCGCUCUCGUUGCUCGGCAACUUCAACGAGAUGUUCGACGCGCGCACUCGCCGCCGCGCCGAAACGCUCUACUCGGACGAGGCUAGCCUCAAUCGGCGCCUGCGCGAGAUAUUCAAACACGACGGGGUCGACUUCGCCGGACAGACGCUCGCCGGCGCGAAGCUCCUGGCCGAAUCCUACUUCGAGGACCGGUACGCGCGCGUCUCGCGAUUCGCGUCGAACGCGGUGGCCGCGUGGACGAGCGUCAAGGAAGGAAACCUGCGUCAUCUGCAGGAGGACGUCGCCCGGCUCCUGGCGCACGAUCCGGCGCUGGAAGUUUACGCGGGCACGCACGGGCAGGGGGUCGUGCGAGCGUCCGGCGCGCGGACUCCGCUCCGGCUGAUCGGAGGCCGGUUUCCCGUACCUCGGUUCGUAUGGACGGUGGUGGUGGACCGGCGCCGGCGUCGCGCGCUCGCCGUCGUGGUGCUCAACGACCCCUUCGUGGCGGUGAGCGAGGUGCGCGAGGCGGUGUUCUGCGAGAGCGCGUGCGGCCGCGUGCCGUGGCUGCUCUCGCUGCGGCGCGACCGUCGCUACGAGACUCCGCUCUACGGCCUGGCCUUCUGCUGCCACGUGCACGCCUUCUCCGACGCGGUCCCCGAGAUGCCCCGCGCCCUUCUCGAGGACAUCCCGGCGGGAGACGCGGGACUGCUCGCGGAAUAGUCUACCGGUCACGGACUCUUAAAAUUUUAUUUCCUUUCCUUCCCUGGAUUUUUGUCCAUUAUAAUCACACAAAUAUUUCUUACGAAUAUAAUUAGUAACGUUUUUGUAAAACUGACUUGACAUAGAUUAUUAAAUAUAUGCAGAAUACAUUUUCUUUAAUCUGAAUAAAAAUGACACAACUUUACGA